AUGGGGGCCGUGCUCAAGCGGAUGGAGAGCCACGAGGAGGGCAAGGAGCUGCACUCGCGCGCCCUGGGUAUGGCCCUGGAGCACUUUGGCCCCGCCCACCCCACCGCCACGCUGGCCAGGGGCAACUUGGUGGAGUCGCUGGACCAGCUAGGCGACAGAGAAGCUGCCAGGAAGCUGCUGACCGAUGCAAUUGACGAGCUCAAGGGCAUUGCAGCAGAGAAGGAGGCGGAGGAGGCGGCCGGCACCGCGGUAAAGCCGGACGAGGACGAUGAGCUCGCGGUGCAGGUGCACGUUGACGCGUCGAAGGCGCGCCAGUCGAUGCUGCGCGCCUGCAUGGACCUGGGGCGGCUGGAGAUGAAGGCGCAGGACUUUGGGGCGGCCAAGGCGGUGCUGUUCGGGGCGCUGGAGGUGGCGAAGGACAAGGAGGGCGCCGACUCGGAGGCAACAGCUGCCAUCAUGGCCGCGCUGGCCUCCAGCCACCGCCAGGCGGGCGAGCUGGCUGAGGCUGCUGAGCUGUACGGCCAGCUGUACGCCAUCAACGAGCAGCACAGCGGGACCGCCAACCAGAGCUCGGUCAUGCUGGCGCGCACGCUCUCCGACGUGUGCGAGGGCCAGGGCGACUUUGCCGCGGCCGCGUCCUGGGCGGAGAAGGCGCUGGCGGGCAUGCAGGGUGUGGUGGGCGUGAAGGUGCACCCCCUGCUCAAGGCGUUCUUCGACGCGGUGGCAGACCUCAAGACCAAAGCGGGCGACACCGAGGGCGCAGAGGAGGUGCAGCAGGCCUGGGCCAAGGGCAUGGCGCAGCUGCAGCAGCAGGCGGGAGGCCGUGGCGGCAGGGGCGGCCGCGGCUCAGGGGCGGGCGGCGGCGGCAGGGGCGGCCGUGGCGGGCGGAGGGGCGGCCGUUGA